UCUCGACAAUUUUUAAUGAGAAUUUAUAAAAACUGUGCCUGUGCAUUCAUCGAAUUUCCGGAUACAGCGUAUUUUUUAUGAUUUUGACGUAUUUUCUGCCAAUUGGUUCGAUGACAUACACAUACGCGAGGGUCGGCUUAGAAUUAUGGGGUUCGCAAAGCAUCGGGGAGGCGACACAAAGACAACUGGACAAUAUAAAAAGUAAAAGAAGGGUCGUGAAAAUGAUGAUUGUAGUAGUGGUCAUCUUUGCGGUUUGUUGGCUGCCCUUCCACGUGUACUUCAUUCUCACAUCAUAUGUACCGGAAAUCACGACCGGCCCAUAUGUUCAAGAGAUUUAUCUAGCAAUUUAUUGGCUAGCCAUGUCUAAUUCUAUGUAUAACCCCAUCAUUUAUUGUUGGAUGAAUUCUAGGUUUCGUCGAGGAUUCGCUCAAUUCUUUCACUGGUGUCCGUGGGUGCACGUUACGCCGGAACCGACGCUGUCACGAUCGGAAGCCGUGACGUCGCGUUACAGUUGCGCCGGAAGUCCGGAUGGACACACACGGAUCUCACGCAACGGUAUGUCCUGCUCGUCCUUGGAUCGUCCUUGCACAACGACAUCCACAACUCCCAGGAGCGAGUCGUGCCUCGAGCUCGACGUCUUGCUCGAAGAAAACCGGGAAAUUGAACAGAGAGAAAUUAUUGUAACUCAACUCGACAGUAAUACUGACGACCCUGACUUUCCCAUCAUCUGCACUAGAACCGCACUAGUAGAGCCAGCACCGUCAUCGCCAAACACUACGACAACCUUAAGUUGAUCCUAGCGCGACUUCUUCCAUUCAGAAAAAAGAAACGCACAGUGCGUAUUCCUCUUCACCUGCAAUCGACGAGAAAUGAAAAUCGAGGCAGGAAAUGGAGGUCGACAAAUAAUCGAGGACAUGUAUCCUGACAAUUAGAAGAUACAUCGCAGCCACAACGAGUUCACACUUGGAUAUAAUUCAAGAUAUCUUGGUUAAUAUCUUUCAAAAUUCCACCAUCAGCUUCAGAAAUUUUACUGUUGGAAUAAAAAUAGAAACGAAGUCAAGUUCAUCAACCUGCAAUAAUUAAUUAAUUGUUUCACUGAUAAUUCAAGCAAAAAUAAUAAUAAACACUAUUUUUAGAUUUUAAAAAAAAAAUUUGAAGAGUAACCCGGUCUGAGAUUGUCAAAAAAGAAGUGGAUAGGCCUUGAGUUUUUGGGUUGGGCGGGGGAGGUUCUUUAAAAAAAUCUUAUAGAUAAAAACCGCUUUUUUACGACAGAUAAUGUAUUUUUAUUAAUUGUAAGUCCUAUUUUAUUAUUAUUAUUAACAAUAAUAUACAGUAUUUAAAAAAAAACUCGAAAAAAAUUAUGUAAUACAAAAAACUGACAUUUAUGGAUGGAACGAAAGAAACUGUAAUGCCAAAUAGCCAACUGCUCUUAAGAAAAAAUGAUACGAAAAUCAGCAUACGCCUUUAAUGUUUUUCCUUUAAUGAAUUUCAUAUAAGUUUUCGCAAUUAUAGAUUAUAUGAUUAUUAGAGAAAACAGUUAU